GGGAUGACAAGGCCCAACGCUUCUUUGAUCAGACGGUCACCGACCUCCCUUUCUUCCUCUCUCUCGAGACGACUGAUCGUACCCCGGCGUCUCGUCGCCACCACUCCUCCGCACAUUUCGAUGUGAUGGAGACGGGGUACGACUUCAUUCUCGGCACUUCGUGGUCUCGUUGGUUCCACAACACUGAGGCCGAUUGGGCGACCAACACUCUCGUUCUCAAAACGAAGUGUGGACAGACGUAUCGCGUACCUUUCAUAGGUACCACCGCGACACCAUGCCCCGAUCCUCCUCCCCCGGAGCCUUCCGUGCCCACACCAUCUCCUUCUAUCACUGUCACCUCGCCUCGGCAGUUCGCUCACUUCAUCCGACAGGACGACGUCACCUUCUUUAUGGUGAACGUGACGGAUCUCUUACACUAUGAUCCACCCUGUCCCGACGUCGAGCUCAUCCCUCUGGAGCCAGAUCCUCCUUCGAUCUCCAUGGUUCCCAUCUCUACGUCCCACCCUCCGCCGUCCGUCGAGUCCACCUCGCCGUCGCGCGCUGACGCUGAUGCUGCGAAACUCGCACGUUAUACGGCUGACAUGGAGCCCGCAGUUCGUGACCUCAUCCAAGAAUACCACGACAUUUUCCCAUCGUCGUUCUCGUACGCCGGCAUCCCACUGAUGCGUGACGUCCAGCACUCCAUCCAGCUUGUGCCUGACGAUCGUGUUCACCACGAGGCACCCUACAGACUCUCGAUCCCCGAGGCCACCGAACUCAAGCGUCAGCUUGAGGAACUCCUGAGACGGGGUUUUAUUAAACCCAUCAACUUCCCGUGGGGUGCACCCGUCCUCUUUGCUCGCAAAGCGGAUGAAACUCUCCGUCUCUGCAUCUACUAUCGUGGUCUCAACCGCUACACGGUUAAGAAUAGCUACCUCAUGCCUCAUUCCGACGAGCUGUUCGACCGCCUAGCAGGCAACCGCUUCUUUACGAAGAUUGAUCUUCGUCUCGGUUACUAUCAGAUCCACGUCGCUGCAGCCGACCAGCCGAAGACCGCGUUCCGAUCGCGCUUCGGCCACUAUGAGUUUACAGUGAUGCCAUUCGGCCUCACCAAAGCACCCGCCACCUUCCAGAGGGCGAUGAACGAUAUCUUCAGGGACAUCCUGGAGCAGUACGUUCUCGUCUACCUCGACGAUAUUUUGGUCUACAGUCAUACCCUUGAGGAGCACCUCAAACACCUCCACGACGUCCUUGACCGCUUGCGAAGACAUGGUUUCUACGCCAAGCUGAGCAAGUGUCGCUUUGCCCAGCACAAAGUGGAUUUCUUAGGACACUACGUGUCUGACCAGGGUCUCCACAUGGACGACGCGAAGAUCGCUGCUUUUGAGGAGUGGCCCACUCCCACAUCCGCCAAGCAGCUUCGCAGCUUCCUAGGCCUGACCAGCUACUAUAGUAAUUUCAUUCGGGGAUACGCUAGGUAUUCCUACGUCCUUACCUCCACCCUCUUUCAGAAGAACCCACCCUGGGCUUGGACACCCCUCCACGAGGACGCCUUCCGCCCCCUCAAGAAGGCGGUGACAUGCACACCGGUUCUUCACCUACCCGAUUUUGAUCGCCCUUUUAUCCUUACCACCGAUGCGUUAGACUUUGCUGUAGGAGCAGUGCUUUCUCAUGUCUUCCCCUCCUCUCCUGACUCCUCUCAUCCUCGUAUCCCUCGCUUCCCACCACCUACCCCUACCACUGGUUCCCGAUUGACGCCUACUCGUCCAGCUACUGACGAACGUUCGUUUAACCAUUCUCCUACCAUCGCCGAGGAUGGCACUGUCGAGUCUCACUUAGGUGAUUGUCUAAUAGCCUUCUACCCCCGUCAACUUCUGCCUGCCGUGAUAAACUACAGUGCUGAUGAACGUGAGCUACGUGUCCGAGCAGUAAAAGAGUUCCAUGACCAGGCAGCCGCCGGUCAUAUGGGCUUCCACAAGACGUUGACUCGUGUGAGCCGCCUGUAUGUCUGGCCGAAGCGCAAGGACUUUGUGAAGGACUACGUCGCAGAGUGUCCCACCUGUCAGGAGGUGAACAGUGCGAACCACUUGCCUUAUGGUUUGCUCCAGCCUCUUCCUAUCCCUGAGGGUCAUUGGCAGUCCAUCUCGAUGGACUUUAUCGGUCCUCUUCGUCCUCCGACCCCCCGCGGUCAUGAUGCUAUCCUGGUCGUCGUCGACCGCUUCACGAAGCACGCACGCUUUGUUCCGUGCCGCUAUGCCAUCAGUGCACGUGAGGUCGCCGGCAUCGUGUUUGACCGAGUCGUACGUGACCACGGCUUAGCAUUAAGCAUCAUAUCUGACUGUGACCCGGACUUUACCAUCCGAUUCUGGCGACGGCUCCACGAGGUGUACGGCAGUCAGCUCCGCUUCUCCUCGUCAUACCAUCCUCAGACUGAUGGUCAGACCGAGAUCACAAACAAAACUCUCGGGGAUAUUCUUCGAAAGAUUGUUCGUGAUGACCAGCAAUGGGAUCUCCAUCUUGCCCACGCGGAGAUAGCCUACAACCACGCCGUCUCGCCAGCCACGGGGAUGUCGCCUUACUAUUGCGACCUCGGCUAUCACCCUCGUGUUUCCGCGGACUUCCUCCGACCGUCACAGAUGCACCCCGAUACGAGUUGUCCCGCGCUGGAUGAUUGGGUUGCACACAUGACAUUGAUCAUGAAGACCGCACAUGAGCACAAAGCCGCUUCCCAGACUCGCAUGGCAGCACGUGCGAACCAAUCGAGGAUGGAUCAUCCAUUCAAAGUCGGUGAUGAUGUGCUUAUGGACGCCCGCCACUUACAGCUCGAAGCAGACACGCUUCGCAAGUUUCGGCGUCGCUUCUUUGGCCCAUGCCACAUCCUCCAGGCCGUCGGUUCUAACACGGCAUCUAGCCCGGUCAGCUUCCGUGUGAAGCUGCCCGACUACCUACACCAGACUCGUGUGCACGAUGUUUACCACGUCUCGACUUCUGUUCAGCGGAGUUGUCGUGAUUCCCAGGGGGAUGAGGGAGGGGGGGGGGUGCUAAGAGGGGCCAUGUCUGGCAGUGCGGGUGGAAGGCGAUGGGUGGACUGUGGGCAUAGCUGGGGGGGAGAGGGGGGGAAGGUGCCAAGUGGGGUCGUAUCUGGUAGCGGAGGUGGGUGGAGGCGGGUGAGUGGUAGGGAAGCCAGGGGGAGGGGAGAGGGGGAAAGGGGAGUAGGAUUUAGUCCCCUGUCUGGCAGCGAUGUGUGGGAGGGCCGGGGAGUCGGUGGGGAAGGAGGCAGGGUAGGUGGUGAUAUUGUUGUUGAUGGAGCCUGCGCCACUGUUGAUAUUGAUAUUGUUGUUGAUGAAGCUGACAACGGCGCAGGCGUUGUAGAUAGGAAUAUACUGUUUGAUGUUGAAUUUUUCGAAGUUGGCACCGCUGUCGUUGUGAAUGUUGUCGUGGAUGCAGCUAUCUGCAGUGCGGUCGUUGUAGAUGAUGACAUAGUGGUUGAUGUUGUGACUGUUGUGCAUGUGAUCGGAGAGAACCUUCCUGGAGAAGAUGCAGACAACGCCUCCGUCCAUUGUUUGAUUAUCACUUGCCCCCGCUCACGGCCUUGUUUGAAGAGCUUGAGACAGUCGUUCCAAAGAGGGUUUGCCCGAUGCCAAUCAACAUACUCAUCUAGCUCCUGUGGCGGCCCCUCCUCGAAUGGCAAGAUCACUUCCAUCAUCUACUGCACCGUUUCCUAAGCCCAUCUGGCCCCAGAUGUCAACCCCCCAGUAACAUCUAGCCCAAGCAGGGGAUGGGACGAAAGCAGGGAAGCCAUAACCCGG